GCAGGGGGCUCUCCACCAAUGCCAUGCGCCACAGAAUAGUGGGCGUGCACAAUACGGUUGUACGGUUUGGUUGCGCUAGCUGAGAACUUGACACAGUGUUGCAGUAAAUCAGACAGAGCUACAGUAACAGCGCUGAAAUUUGUCACCCUGUUGCAAGUAUUUUUGGCUAGUGAUACAAGCGAAAGAUAUCACCGCCGUCUCCUGUUUGGGUAAGAGUUGAGUUGUUGAGCAAGGAAGUACAUCGGGAUCGUUUUCAAGAACAGUUUCAGAGAGAAUCGACACAUUUGACUGGAAAUGUCUGAAAACAAACCAAAUGAUGAUCCGAAGUUAUCCACGACGGACAGAGUGGUUAAAUCUGUCCCAUUUCCCCCAAGCCACCGACUGACUGUAAAAGAAGUGUUUGACUGUGAGGGCAAACCCAAAGUAGAUAUUCUGAAGGCCCAUCUCACUAAAGAGGGGCGUGUGGAGGAGAGUGUGGCACUUCGAUUAAUUGGCGAGGGAGCGGCCAUCCUACGUUUAGAGAAGAACCUCCUGGACAUAGAAGCCCCAGUGACAGUUUGUGGAGACAUUCAUGGGCAGUUUUUUGACUUAAUGAAGCUCUUUGAGGUGGGAGGUUCUCCAGCCAGCACACGAUACCUUUUCCUGGGUGAUUAUGUGGACAGAGGAUAUUUCAGUAUUGAAUGUGUACUGUACCUAUGGGCCUUAAAAAUCCUUUAUCCCAAGACACUGUUUUUGCUGCGUGGGAACCACGAAUGUAGACAUUUAACAGAGUAUUUCACUUUUAAACAGGAAUGUAGAAUUAAAUAUUCAGAGCGGGUGUAUGAUGCGUGUAUGGAUGCCUUUGACUGUCUUCCCCUGGCAGCACUGAUGAACCAGCAGUUCUUGUGUGUGCACGGUGGAUUGUCCCCUGAAAUCACAAACCUUGAUGACAUCAGGAAAUUAGAUAGAUUCAAAGAGCCUCCCGCAUAUGGACCAAUGUGUGACUUGCUUUGGUCGGACCCACUGGAGGACUUUGGCAACGAGAAAACCCAGGAACAUUUCACACACAACACAGUGAGAGGCUGCUCCUAUUUCUACAGUUAUCCUGCUGUUUGUGACUUUCUACAACACAACAACUUAUUAUCUGUUAUACGAGCCCAUGAAGCACAGGAUGCUGGGUAUCGCAUGUACAGAAAGAGUCAAACUACAGGCUUCCCCUCUCUCAUCACUAUCUUUUCAGCUCCCAACUACUUAGAUGUCUACAACAACAAAGCUGCUGUCCUCAAAUAUGAGAAUAAUGUCAUGAACAUUCGGCAGUUUAACUGUUCUCCUCAUCCUUACUGGCUGCCUAACUUCAUGGAUGUCUUCACUUGGUCCUUGCCUUUUGUUGGUGAGAAAGUGACUGAGAUGUUAGUGAAUGUAUUGAGCAUCUGCUCCAAUGAUGAGCUGACCACUGAUGAAGAAAUAGAUGGACAGCUAAUAUAUGGGCCCAAGAAAGGUGCCACGGCCUCUGCACGCAAGGAGGUAAUCAGGAACAAGAUCCGUGCCAUUGGAAAGAUGGCUCGGGUUUUCUCAGUUCUUCGAGAGGAGAGUGAGAGCGUUUUGACGUUGAAGGGUCUCACUCCAACUGGCAUGCUACCCAGUGGCGUUCUGUCUGGAGGCAAAGAGAAACUCCAGAAUGAAACUGCAGCUACUAUUGAGGCUAUAGAGGCAGAUAAAGCAAUUAAAGGCUUCUCACCUCAGCACAAGAUCAGCAGCUUUGAGGAGGCUAAAGGGCUGGACCGCAUCAAUGAACGAAUGCCACCCCGCCGUGACGUCAUGCCCUGUGAUGCCAGCCUCAACUCCCUAAAUAAGGCUCUGUCAUCAGAGACCAACGGUACCGAGGGCAAGACCUGCAGUGGCAGCAAUAUCCAGUGUGAUCCUGCACCGUUCCUGCAUGGCCGCCACAACGAUUAA